GGCAAGCAUCAAAGCAUCGAGUUCAUCUACACAAAGAAUCGCCUUCAAUCAUUCACCAUGGUUGCCACGCUCAAGCUUGUGAGCCUCAUGGCCACCCUCCCCUCCGCUCUCGCCUGUCUAGGUUACACUGGGGGACUCCCCACAGCAACUUCAACCAAGACCAACAGUAAAGUCAUCGAAGUUGCUGCUGGAACCACCUUCGACGGUGGUUGGGCAAAAUAUGAUCGAGGAUCCGGUGCUUGCAACGGACAAAGUGAAGGAGGUGAUUCUGAUGCCGUAUUCCUUCUCCAACCCGGAGCAACUCUUCAGAAUGUCAUCAUCGGCAAAAACCAAGCUGAGGGCGUUCACUGUGCUGGAGCUUGCACUCUCAAAUACGUCUGGUUCGAAGAUGUGUGCGAGGAUGCGAUUUCCAUCAAGAAGGACAAGGCUGGUGAUCAAUCCUGGAUCAUCGGAGGCGGAGCAUAUCAUGCCUCGGAUAAAGUGGUCCAGCAUAACGGAUGUGGUACUGUCAACAUCAUCAAUUUCUACGUUGAGGAUUAUGGAAAGUUGUACCGAAGUUGCGGAAACUGCUCAUCCCAAUGUAAGCGUAACGUCUACAUUGAAGGCACGACUGCUGUCAACGGCGGUAUACUUGCCGGUAUCAAUUCCAACUAUGGAGACACGGCCACGUUGAAGAAUGUAUGCUAUGAUACCGACCAUCCAUGCCAGAUGUAUACUGGAAAUAAUCAAGGCAAAGAGCCCACCAAGGCUGGAUACUGUAGCGGAUAAUCGGUUCCAGAUAAACAUUCCGAGUGAUGGAGGCAAGGAGUGUUUGAACGUUUUUGAAUAAAGAAUGUUGGAUGGGCUUUUGAGUGAUAGUUGAAGGGUGAUUGUCGUUGUCGUUGUCGUUGUCGUUUGUUUCCCUGUGGAUAUUUCAAGAACCUAUUGAGUGUUUGUACAUACAUUAGAAAGCAGUACUUAACUAUACUACAUGAUCUAUUCCAUCGUGCACA